AUGGCAGCGAUGUUUUUGUGCGCCAAAAGUAAAGACAGGAGAUCGAGAAAGUUUUGUAAUAUGUGCAAUCAAUACGUAUGAAAGGGUCGAUUGUACCCAGCGUAUAGCCUUAGCGGUUCGGAAGGUGAAGAUUCUCCACGUCGAUACAAUUCGAACCCCAGCAGUUACCAACAUCCUCUUUAUCAACAACCCGCCGGUCUAAGCGACACCCCGACCUCCGAAAACGCUUCGGACGCUACGUUGACAGAUUCAGAAUUGGCGCUGGCACGGGACUCUACUCUUCUUGUUCAUAACGAAUGUGCUACUAGGUGGAAUAGCACUUUUGAUAUGUUCGAGCGUAUUUUUCAAGUCAAAGAGCCAUUAUGUCUGUACGCUUCGGCAAAUAAUAAAAUUCCUCAGCUAGCUUCUAAAGAGUGGAUGAUUGUUGAAAAACUUAUCGGUUUACUAAGACCAUUUAAAGAAGUGACCAAAGAGUUAAGUGCGCUCGAUGUUUCUAUUUUUUCUGUAAUUCCCUUAAUUGCUACUCUAGAAAAAGUUGUUCAUGAUCUUGAUACAUCCGAUGAACACAUUGGUGAUAUGAUUACCGCAUAA